UAACAAAAGUGACAAUUCUACUAUCACGCAACACCUAACCAAGCAUCCAAGGCUGUUUGUGCCAUGGCACUGGCUUCAGAGCUUACCCUUAAACAACUUCAAGACUUUCACAAUAUCGACCGCCUGGCAUAUACUAGACUGGUAAUAGGCCUAGGCUUCGACCUUUUCCCAUCCAUGAAAAUCGUUGCCUUUUGGAAUUUUCUUGAAAGAAGAGGCUUCAAGCAUUUCGUCAAGAACCUCCAACAAUUACCUGAUCCAUUGCUGUUUUCUUUAGCCAAAGAGGCCAUAAUGUUCUUACACUGCUUAUACCUUUCUACUCAAGAAAUCUUUCCAAGAGUCCAUAGGGAUUUCCCUGUUACGAGUAAACUCGUUGGUCAACAUAUCUCGUUGGCUUAUCUUCUUAAGAACAGGGAAUGCGCCAAAAGAAUGAUUGAGGAUUUCGUGGAAGAUGUGUGCCGAUUAGCAUUUUGCGAUAUUGUUCUAACACGUUUGGCUCGCAAGAAAUCUUCAAAAUCUAACAGUGCAUUACAAUGCCAAACUCCUCAUGGGGGAAAAAUGCAACAGAAAGUGGCUACUGUGACAAAGGACAAGGCUAGCGUUGGUUCAGAAGAUCGAACAUUGUUCAUGACCUUCUCCAGGGGACAUCCUGUUAUAAACCAAGAUCUUCAUGGUUUCAUUGUCAGGAAAUUUGGCGAAUGUGUGGAGGCAAUCUAUAUGGAUAAAAGCCCGCUCCCUCUGUUUGCUUGUGUUGUUCUGAAGUCACUCUCGGACAUGUCGAUGAUUCUUGGGGGCAAGAAGUUGGUGAAAUUCUUCAUUAAUGGGAAACAAGUUAGGGCUAGAAGAUUUGUCUCAAAAAGUGUGGAGCAGUCUCGAUGCACAACAGCAAGAGCAACAGGUAUUCCUGAAAGGCGACUUAGCAGUUUUUGCUAGACGGAAGAUCAUACUGUAUUGUACUAAUUUACUGCUAAUUACUAAUAGGUGUUUGCCGAUAGAAGAAACUGUUUAGACAAUUGCUAAUCUACGUCAAGUUUUCUAAAAUGAGGGAAAAAAAAAAACGAGAACAUUCUUUUGUAGCUUGUUUGGUUUCUGAUAGAAGAGCCGACAUACCAAUAUCCACUGAUUCAAUGGAUAUAUACGAAAGGGCCAAUCGUGCAGAGUUGCUUUAGUAAGGUUA